GGACAGUUUAUGCUCAUGCAGCUUUCCGUAGCCAUUUUGGCUCAAGCCGUUUUCGCUCCAAGGAGUGGACCUCGCAGAUCUCGGAAGGCCGCCGCGGCCAGCCCAUGGAUGCUGGGACGCCACCGUGGCGGGCCGCUGUGCGCAGGCUGCGGCGCGGGCUCGCACGGGCGGCCCAGAGGUUGGGACCAGACGGCGAGAUCGAUGGUUGGACGCUCUCGUUCGCGGACCCGCGGGUGGAGUGCGGUUUCCUGAGUAGCAGCCGCGAGCAGUUGCGUUCGUCUUUUCGGCGCGUGGUCGUCGUCGUUUUAUGCGGUGCGGCUUCUGCGGUGUACUACCAUACGUCUGGUGUCGCGGAGCACGGGAACCAGAUGCAGGAAGCAUACUUUUUGAAGAUGUUGCAGGUGGCUCUGCAGGUUGCGUGCUACAGCGUUGAACUGUCGGUGCUGCUCGCAGCCAUCGCAUUGUCGGGCCACGGCCUGAUAAGAACACGUGGCAUGGAAGCUUGGGCUGUUGUUGUUAUAAUAGUGUCCGAGGUUCACACAUGCAUCAACAUAAGACAUUACCUUGCACGGGCGUUCGGCUACGAAGAUCCGAGUGCUGUGUAUGGGGUGGACCUUUCCGGCACAGACGCCCCGUUCUUGUUGGGACUCAUUUUGUGUGUCGCAGGGUCAGGCGUGAUGGUCAGAUGGAAGUUGUUUGUGCCCAUUGCGUUGGCAUCCGUGCUCGGGUAUGCGGCCGCAGCCUACCUCCUCGGCAGCCCAGACAUGACGAUGGUAACCACUAACCUGCUCUUCUUCACCUGCAUCGUGCUGGUGAUGUGCAGCGGGAAGCGGAGCUCCGAGAUCCAGGCCCGCCUGCUCCACCUGUCGUAUCUGAGGGAGAAGGGCAUGCGCGUCCAGGCCGAGUUCUCCCUGGAGUGCCUGCAGGACCGCGCGGACCUCGUGGCGGAGCUGGGCAGCUCCUUCGCGGCGGCCUCGUCGCAUGUGCCCGGCGGCGCCGCUGCGCCGCUCCGCCCGGACUCCCCGCGCUACGCCUCCAGCGAGCCCGCCGUCUCGGAGGCCGCGCGGCCCGGCCAGGGCGCCGUCUCGCAGGGGCUGGGCGGCCUACCGCUGGAGGCCAGCGUGUGGGUCGAGGGCCAGGCUGGCUCCUGCCUGCUCCGGGACCUCGAGCAAGGUCAGCGGGUGCUGUGCUACGACUCGCUGGGGCGGUCGAUCAGAUACGCCCAGGUACUCGAGAUGCACGUCAAGUUCCUGGCCGCUGCGUGGAUCAACGUCGGCCUCGACGACGGAACGCAGCUGGCGAUGACUGCGGACCAACCAGUGCAGCCUGCAGACCGGAGAGAGGUGGUUCGGGCUGCGGACUUGUCCCCAGGAGUCGAUCGCGUGGUGGUGCACAGGGUGGCGACGGCGCCCGUCGCUGUCAAGGAGGUGUCGCGGCAGCCAGAGGCGGGGAGCGCGCUCGGCUGGGCGCACCUGGCGGUGCAGCAGCCCGAGCGGCACAUGGUCCUGGUCGCGGGGCCAGGGGCGGGGUCGCCGCAGGACGCGAGGUCGAUGGCGGUGUACUCCGCGGGCCUGGGCGCCGGCCCGCACGGCCGCGCUGCCCCGGAGCAGGACGCGAGCCCACGGAUGGCCCGAGCGCGGUCGGUGCCGCCCCAGUGUUAGCCACGGCGUCGGCCGAGGGCCGGUGGUCAGAGCAGGGAAAGGUGCCUAUGCCGAAGCCCGUUUUUCUCGGGGCCGACGGUUCGAAUUGCUCGUUCGGGCUUCCCGCGUGGGUACCCACUUGGAGCUGUUUUGGGCGGCGUGCUGAAGGCAGCCGCUUCCGUGCACAUGUUCACCCACUGUUCACGCGUUGUGAAGUAAACAUGCAUGGCCUGUGAGAACUUCAGGUUUGCAUCUGAACUCGUUGGAGGUCUAAUUGCAGCGUGUCGGCGCCCGCUACGGUGAGCGUGUAGCUCCAGACCGGCAAGUGUUCCAUCACGGAUUGGCAUCCGUGCGGCUAGCGAGUAUCUUCAUGCAUGCCCGCAAUUGCAUUAUGUUCCGCGGCCUCCUCCCUCCUACCAACAGCGCGCUGGCAGUGUCAGCGUUCACAUUCGUCGCCGUGCUCGAGCUCGAAGCACCAGCACAGGGCGCACAUCUUUGCGAGAAUGAGGCGAUCAUUGCGAGAUGAAUGCGUAAUUACGGCCCGCGCCACGUGUCCGCGCUUGGUCUCUUGAAUCAGACCCUUGAGUGGCACAUUGUUAGGUUCCGCUUGGCAUUUUUUAUGAUUUUAAGAGGUGGCAGUUGUUCUACAUUUGACAGGGCGACGAUGGCAGAGCGGACAUGAGUUAUGCAGGCACGCACUCUCUGAGAGUUUGUGGGCCGUCCAGCUCAGUAGACGCCUGGAAUGUUUCAGGAUGGACUGUGGGGGCAACGUCGAGGUCCGACCCAGCUCCUCACGAGCUAUGACCUGUCACUGCCCAUACAGGCAAAGUAAAAAAAAACAUGAUGCUCAUGCAGCUUUCAUUUUUAAGGCACGCCCGAGUUCGAAGACGA